AUGGCUAACCCAAACAACCUGAUUAGGCCAUCAUUGCUAGGGAAUGCUGCUCCCACUGCUACAGCAGGACCUUCGGCUCCGGCUAACCAAAUUUCGCCAGAAUUGGCAAACAUAAUUAAAACUAUGGUAGCCCAAGCCCUAGAAACGAAUGGACCCAACUUAGUUCAAAGUGUCCUUAAUAACGCAACAAAUCCCAUAGUAACCGAUCAGACAAUAGACGUACAAUUUCAGAAUAACAUGAGCGAGAUGGAUAAAAUACCAGAUGUAGUACGCUCAUUACGAGAAUUUUCAGGAAACUCUUCAGAAUUUUUCGUAAACCUGGUGUACGCAGACUUCCAAGUAAUAGACUACACCAACUCGCAGUUAGCAACAUUUAAUACAGGACUAACCAAAAUUCAAACAGGAACGUACAGAUUAAUACAUAAAGUCGACCUGGAUGCAUGCCAGAAAACAUUGAAUGAAAUAAGCAGCAUCAUUAAGAUAAAGAUCACUGAAGAAAAUCCCUUCCUUCCUAUUCUCAUUAACGAACUAAACUUGACACAGACUUAUUUAAACAGACUUAAACCAAGGAGAUUUAAAAAAUCUAUAGAUGCACUAGGGACAGUCUGGAAAUGGAUCGCUGGAAAUCCCGACCACGACGACCUAGUAAUUCUAGAAAAUCAACUUAACAAUAUAAUAGAAAAUAACAAUAAACAAGUAAUAAUUAACAAAGUAAUUUUUGACAGAAUUAACAAUAUCACCACAAUAUCAAAUAAAAUAAUAAAAUCUUUACAAACGAACGAAGAAAUACAACACCAUUUGGCUCUUGAAAUAAAAUAUAAAUUAAAAAUUAUUAAAGAGGAAAUAAUUAAUAUAGAUUACGCAAUGCAUUGGGCAAAGGCCGGCAUCGUAAAUUCAUAUAUUUUGUCAAAUGAUGAACAUAGAUUAAUAAAAUCUGUAUUUGAAAAUAAUAAUUUUCUUCUUCUUCUUAAUUGGCGUAGAAACCGCUUAAGCGAUUAUAGUCGAGUUAACAACAUCGCGCCAGUCGUUUCUUCUUUUCGCUACGUGGCGCCAAUUGGAUAUUCCAAGCGAAGCCAGGUCCUUCUGCACUUGGUCCUUCCAACGGAGUGGAGGUCUUCCUCUUCCUCUGCUUCCCCCGGCGGGUACUGCGUCGAAGAGUCUCUCUCCCACCACGAUAAUAAUUUUACAUUAAAUAAUAUGGAAGACUCACUAGAGCUAGCGAAUAUAAAAGUCGCCUCAAACAAUACAAUGUUACUUUAUAUAGUCGGAAUACCCGUAACAAAUGAGGAUAUUUGCGACUCAAUUUUGAUAAAACCAAUAAAAAUAAGGAAAAAUAUUAAUAAAAUCUCCUAUGAGGAUAUAGUUACUUGUAAUGACAAAGUUUUUGGCGUUAAGAAUAAAUGUAAGGAACAUAAUAAUAUAAGAAUUUGUAGCCGUAGGAAUUUAAUAGAUAUUAGUAACACUACUUGCGUCCCUCGACUACUUCGAAGCGAACCAGCGGAAUGCACUAUAAUAAACAAUCAGCACAUCCCAUCAAGAUCGACAACCAAAAGAUAA